AAUUAAGUGUGAGCUAGGGACCUAAUUGUGAGAAAAUAAUAUUCUUGAGCCUAAUCACAAAACUUUUAAAUUUUGAGGGACUUAAAAGAGAAAAGAAAUUGGAUAAGGAUGGCUGAUUUUUUUUUCCUUCUUUCUUUCUUCCUCAGCGGCCCAAUUCUACUCUUCUCUUUCCUCCCCUGUACCGAACAACAAGGAGACCCAAGCCCGACAGCACUCCUCUUGAAAAACCGGAAUUUCCGGAUCUGCUCUGCUCUGUUUCUUCCGUCUGUUGCUCUUGCUUUGUGGGUGCGAAUUGCUCUGGUUUCUGCUAACAAACAGCCACCAAUUCCUCUGUUCUUUCUUGAAUUGGCUUGGGUUUACUCUAAUUUCUAUUGGUUCCUCCCAAUUUUUGGUAGAUCCCAAAUUUCCCCCUGCACUUCCUACCGGCCUUCCCCAAACUGCAGCUCCGAUUUUGCUUGCUAAAUUCUGGGAGUGAGAUCCGAGGCACGGUUAAUCAGGGGGAGUGACGAGCUAGACGGUUAGUCAGUAUUUUGGACUUAGAUCUUUUUUGGACUUAGACUGUUAGCCACACAUGCUUGACAUAGAUGUGAACUAAUAAAUCACUUUUGUAUAUUGAUUUUUGUUGGUUAUAGCCAUGACUGUUUUAUAAACUUUGUACAUCUAA